CCAUUCCAUGUUCUUUCUCUCUCUCAAGAAAACAAAAACUGAAGAGGAAGAAAAAGAUCAUGUCAGGCGUGUGGGUGUUCAAGAACGGAGUGAUAAGACUUGUGGAGAACCCUAACCAGUCAGGAUUCGACACACAGAGCCGAAGGAAAGUGAUGGUCUAUCUACCGACAGGAGAAGUGGUCUCAUCCUACUCUACGCUGGAGCAGAUCCUCCAGAGUCUUGGAUGGGAGAGGUACUUUGGCGGCGGCGACACAGAUCUCCUCCAGUUCCACAAACGGUCCUCUAUUGAUCUCAUCUCUCUACCUAGAGAUUUCACCAAGUUCAACUCCGUUUACAUGUACGAUAUCGUCGUCAAGAACCCUAAUUACUUCCACGUCCGAGACUCCCAUUAAAUCGUCUUUCUUUUUUUGUGUUUUGUGUGUGUACACAUGUGUUGUUUGGUUUUUUAUAAUUUAGAGUUUGUCGGGUUUUGUUUUUAGUUGCAUGUGCAUGUUUUAUUUGUUGUGGAUGUUGAAAGUUGUGUUACGUAACUGUGGUUUGAUGCAAGUUGAGAUUAAGAAGGGACAUGGAUUAGGGAGAACUCAAUCUCAACAUUAAUUGUUCUCUUCCUUAGCAAUGAUUCGAUUUGAUGAUGACUGGUUGUAAAUUUAUAAUUGAGAGAUCAUAUUCUCUUUGGCUCAGUGGAUCAUAAAUGCUCUUCUAUUUUAAUAUAAAAGCCAAAAUC